AUGCACAGCUAUUCAUUUACUCGCUCCGGUCAAGCGCCACAUUCACGAUGUGCUUCUGUUCAAGAGGUUGAAGACGAAGAAGCCCCAAGUCCCUUCAAAAAUGACUUCCCUCAUGCCGACAUCCACGAGCUGCUUGCUCCUGACUUGCUGCAUCAACUGAUCAAAGGCACAUUCAAGGACCACCUGGUUGAAUGGGUGGGUAAAUAUCUCGAACGUGAGUAUGGAAAAGCAGGCGCGGCAGAGAUUAUGGAUGAUAUUGACCAAAGAAUUGCUGUCGCACCCUCAUUCCCUGGUCUAUGGCGUUUUCCACAAGGGCACAGGUUCUCACAAUGGACAGGUGACGACUCGAAAGCAUUAAUGAAGGUCUAUCUUCCAGCAAUCGAAGGGCAUGUACCAGACGAUGUAGUUCAAGCAUUUCAAGCAUUUCUGGAAUUUUGCUACAUUGUUUGCACCAACAUCAUCACGGAUGAUACUCUCACAGAGCUCAGGGAUGCCCUCAAGCACUUCCAUAGAUACCGCACCAUAUUCCAGACUAUCGGUGUCCGCUUUGACAUCUCCCUGCCCCGACAACACUCCCUUGUUCACUAUGAGAUUCUCGUCCGAAUGUUUGGCGCCCCAAACGGGCUUUGUUCAUCCAUCACCGAAUCCAAGCAUAUCAAGGCAGUAAAGAAACUGUGGCGAUGCUCGAGCAAACACAAGGCUCUCAGUCAGAUGCUCCUCACCAAUCAGCACCUGGACAAAAUCGCGGCAGCAAGAGUUGAUUUUCAUUUGCGCGGGAUGUUUAAAGGUUCUUGCGCUUUCAGCUACUAUAAUUCAUUUUUCAACAAUUGCUUCAAUCCCAAAGAUGAUAACAGCACUGAGUCGGACAUCGACAACAACAACCACGAAGCGCAGUGGCCCGAAAAAACCAAUCCAUUAACCAAGGAAGCUGACGACUAUGACAAUGUCGAGGAUGACGGAGUUGUAGAUGACGAGGACAUUAUUGCUGAUAUUCACGCUGACGACAAUCAUUCUUCCACCGAUGUCCCCCUUCGUGACUGUCCAUCUUUUACAGGACACAUCAAGAUUUUCCAUUCCGCUUCCGCUACGUUCAUUGCACCAAGCGAUCCAAGCGGAAUCACUGGCAUGUGA